AUGACGGCAGAAUCACCAAAGACUCAAAGUCCUACCUCUGCCUCUGCCUCUGCAUCGCGCGAUGACUGGGAUGACUCUGAGGCUGGACCGUUGCUUGCGCGUUUCGUUGGCGGGGGUCAACUUGCCCCUGAUGCCGACACCGAAGCCUCAACUCUCAUCGGGACCGCGUCGCCUGCUGAUUACGGAGCUGUGACUUCCUCUGGCGAUGGAACGGCGGAGGAAGCGGGUGUUGCGAAGCCGGAGGGCAAACCGCUGCCGAAACUCCAGGUGUUGCUGCUCUGCUACGCGCGCGUGAUGGAACCGAUUGCCUUCUUCUCCAUCUUUCCCUUCAUUGCGCAGAUGGUCCAGGAGAAUGGCAACCUACCCAAGAGUGAUGUUGGCUUUUACAGCGGCCUUAUCGAAUCGCUUUUCUCGGCUACCCAGAUGACAGUGCUUCUUAGCUGGAGUCGGCUCGCUGACCGUAUUGGCCGGAAGCCUGUUCUUCUCAUCACGCUCUUUGGUACGGCUGUUGGGCCUGUGUUAUUCGGCAUGUCAAAGACGAUCUGGCAGAUGAUCCUUUUCCGAUGCAUAGCGGGUCUGUUUUCUGGCUCUGGUCUCGUUAUCAGGACUAUGCUCUCUGAGCUCAGCACCCCUGAGACACAGGCCAAGGCCUUCAGCUGGUUCGCAUUUGGUGGAAACAUCGGAAUCUUCCUGGGCCCUAUCAUCGGCGGUGCCCUCGCAGACCCAGCUCAUCAGUUUCCACGAGCGUUUGGAAAUGUCCAGUUCUUCAUCGACUAUCCCUACGCGCUGCAAGGUAUUGUUGUUGGUCUGAUCAGCUCUACAAGCUGCAUCACAACUGCUCUCCUUCUCAAAGAGACACUUCAUGAACCGAAAAAGUCUCGCCAUGAAGAGAAUGGCGAGCCUCGAAUGUCAACUUGGGAACUCGUCAAGUCCCGCCAAGUGGCUCUCGUUCUCUGGGCUUAUAGCCACGCUAUGUUCCUUGCCUUUGUGUUCACGGCCAUUCUUCCUGUCGUUCUUUACACACCAAUUGAGCUUGGAGGCACAGGAUUUAACGCGUUCCAGAUCUCCAUCUACAUGGCCAUCCAAGGUGCCAGCCAAGCCAUCUGGUUGCUCAUCGCCUUCCCCAUACUUCAUCGACAUCUAGGUACACGCGGAGUCAUGAAAAUCUGCGGAUACGCGUACCCCUGGUUCUUCGUUGGAUUCAUAAUUCUCAACACGCUCCUCCGCGCUGACACGCACGCUACCACGGUUAUCUUCUGGAUCUUAGGCGCGGUGGUAACCGUCGUCGGACCAGGCGUGUCCAUGGCCUUUACAGGCGUGCAGCUAGCUCUCAACGACGUUGCGCCAGACCCCCACUUCUUGGGCACGUUGAAUGCGCUGGCCCUGAGUCUUGCAAGUGGUAUAAGAGCCAUUGUACCAGGUGCCGCAACGGCCAUUUAUGCCGUGGGUGUUCGUGGGCAGAUCUUCUGGGGCCAUCUGGCCUGGGCGAUAAUGAUUCCCUGUGCUGUGGGCUUUACUGUGGCUUGUCAGUAUAUACCCGAGGGGAAGAAGUCUUCAAAGGAUGAUAACGAAGACGAGGAGAAUGAAUCCUGA